AUGAGGUAUCAAUGGAAACAUCUCAUCAGUGAUCUUAAUUCUUCCAUAGACGUCAAAGCAAGUUUAGGAAAGAGAAAAGAUGUUAUUGGUGAAAAAAGGCAUGAUAGGAAAAGUUCAAGUCGAGCUAGAGGCGGGGGUGUUGCUAUUUAUGUUAGGGAUAACAUUAAAGCCAAAAUAAUUUCAAAAUCACGUGCAAACGGUUUGACUGAAUUUUUAUUUUUAGAAAUUGUAAAUGAAUGUAGAAAGAAAUUAAAUUUUGGAAUAGUUUAUAAUCCUCCAGAUAACAAAAGCUUGCUUCCCCUUUGGAAUUCCUUGAAAAAUAUCUCUAAAUCAGGGAAUGAUAUAUUAAUGGUUGGAGAUUUUAACAUUAAUCUUUUAUCAACGUCAACUUCAUCUAAAAAUUUAAUCAAUGAACUUCUACCACUUGGUCUGUUUUGCACGCAAUCAGAACCAACAAAUUUUUCAAAUAUUAAUAAUCCUUCGCUUAUUGAUCUAGUUUUUUGUGAAAGUUUUAAGCUUAAAAAGCUCUCACAAAUUUCGCCUGGUAGUUAUACUACCCACGAUGCGAUUUUUGGCGUAUAUGAUUUUAAUGGAAGAGCUAGAUUAGAAUUUUUUACUGAAAAAUCACUACAGAUUAAUAUCUCAAAUUACAAAAAUAAAAAUAUUUGUUAUUCGAAGCCUUAA